UAAAGAUGAUAUUGAAAAUUCUAAAUGUAAAUGUCCUCAAUAUAAUACAAAACUUUCUACACUACUGAAAUCCAACAAGAAACUAAACAAAAAAUAUCUAAGAAAAAGAAUAUACCCAAACCUUUAUAUAACCCAGAUAUAUGAAUCUCAAAAUAAUGUUAAUACAUCUAAUAUUCUUGUUCCAGAUUCUUUACCAAUCAAUCCAAAUUCUAUCUAUAAUGUUCAAAAAGUUUUAGAUCAUAUUAAGGAAAUUAGUAGAAUUAACAAAACUAGAACUCGACACAAAGACUAUAUCAAAAAAAAAUUAAAUUCAAAGAAAACAUUAAUUACUCAACCUAUUUCUAUUACUGUUGAUGAAGAACAAAUACAAUUAGCAGAAAAUUCAAUAAAAAAAGAAGAAUUGAUAUUAGUAAUUGAAUCAUUAAUUGGUUUUCUAAAUAAGAUUAAUCGGCCACAAUUUAAAAGUUUAAAAGCAAAAAAAAAAGAAGAAUUAUUAAUUAUUUUACAACAACUUCGAGAUUUGACUAGUGAUAAUAAAAUAGAUUAA